GGUGAAUCUUCAAGAAAAGCACUGGCUAAAGCUUUAUGCAAAAAUAUCAUAACUAAUUUAGAUUUAAACAUUAAUUGUCUAGGUGAAUCAGCAGGAAAACCGUUGGCCGAAGCAUUAUACAAAAAUGACACCUUAACUAAUUUAGAUUUAAGGUGA